AUGGUCAUCAUCACGAACGAGCAGCGUCGAUCGGAGCUGCUGAGGGGCGUAUCGUUCUUCAUCGACACAUCAAUCCCCGAUAAUGCCAGGCAUGAGCUGGGCUCCCAUUUGCGCGCCAUGUCUGCCUUGCCAUGCGGGCAUUACGAUUCUACCUAUGUCAAUGAUACUCCGAUUGAGGCUCGUUUCGACCUCGAGCAAGUCACUCAUGUCAUCAGCGCGACACAAGACUUUCCAGAGUUCAAACUGCUCGCAAACCGCCGCGGCGUAUUACCAAGAUCACUACAAGAAGGGAAGGAUGUCAUCGAAAUCCAUCAUGCUCGACCAGUGCAUGUAGUGUCGGUAGCCUGGGUCAAGAAAUGCUGGGAAAUGAUGAUGCCAUACGAUACCGCGACGUUCUCGCUAGACAAGACCGCCAUCUUCUCUGGCGUGUUUGCGUGCAUAGACGACAAUCUGGCUGCUACAGACAGCGAGAUGCUCAGAUCCAUGAUCACUACCAACGGAGGACAGUGGCGGCCCAAAUUUACCGCAGAAGUGACUCACGCAUGCUGCCUUACGGAUGAUACGGAGCUUUACCGGGCUGCUAGUGAGCAUGGAAUCUACCCGAGUGGCAGACUAAAAGUCGUUUUGCCUCAUUGGUUUGAUGACUGCUUCAAAACCAGAGAAGCGCUACCCGAGACUGCGUACUUGUGGCCGAAGCCAGAUGCGCUCUGUACGCCGCGUUGCGCAUCGAGCGAUGGUCCUGCAGCCGCUGCGACCAGCGACGCGGUAAUAGACUCGAGCGCACCGCUCGGCGCGCCCCUUACGCCGGCACGCCAGUUGAUCACGCAUACGAUGCAGCCCUCUAGCUCGCCCAUUGCCAAAUCCUCGCUGAGAGGCCAAACUAUCUAUCUGCUCAUUCAGGAUAGCAUGCGCUCCAACCAGAAAGAUGUGCUUGAGAUCAAGGCGAAGCAAGCGGGCGCUCGCCUUUAUGACGGCUCCGAAGGCGCCAGUCUCGCGAGUAAGCAAAGCGCCCUAUCCGAUUGCGAGAUUCUUGUCUGCGAGGAGCGUGCCGGAUGGGAAUACUGGACGGCUUUCGAAGCGCGAAAGAAGAUUGGUAGCUUUCAAUGGUUGUUGAAAGCGCUGAACGGGCAGGACUGCGACCCUUUGACGGACAUGUUCGACUAUCCGAGAUCGCCCUUCCCGAUGCCGGGCAUGGACGCUUUCCUCUUUACAAUAUCGGCCUACGUCGGAGGACCUCGCGACGCUCUGCGUAGCUUGAUCGAAGCAAUGGGUGGCCAGUACGCCGGUGGCAUGUCGCCCCAAACAACACAUGUCAUUGCUGCAAACCACGAAGGGCGGAAAGUCGAAGCCGCUCGCAGGACGCAUCGGCCGAUUCUAAACCAUCUCUGGCUUCACGAUUCAUUUGCUCGGUGGCAGCUGCAGAGUACGAGCGAACCUCGUUAUACAGAAGUAACGCCAGACAUUCAGCACGCUCAUGCCAUUGGAAAAGCCACCUUGUCUCACGAACAUCUCGUCAACUGGAGUCGAUGUCCAGCAGCAAUCGCCGACAGAGAAGCGAGCGAGGCAGCGCUUGCAGAUAUACUCGUGCCCUCCAGCUCGCCUUUUGCGCAGCCCUUCGUUCAGGAAGACAGUGUGGUGCGAAGACGAGAAUCUUCGGCAGUCUCCGACGAGAUCAUGUCAACCGCGCACGAAGGCCAGCCAAUCCUUGUGGAGGAACUCGUUGACGGCGCGCGUCCCAGCAAGGCAGCUGUCACGCCGCCGGGACCGGGGCGCGCUGUCACCCAACAGACGAUUACUGAGGAAGAUCUGACUCCAAAGAUGAACGCAUCGCAUGCCAAAGAAGACACGACUGAACAGGCGCUAGCAAGAAGAGCAACGCCCCCUUCGAGCAAGCGAUCACGCACAAGAUCAGCCUCGACAGAUUCGGAAAGCAGUGUUUCACAUUCUCGAGCAGACAUCGCACCGGAAGCUAUUUUGCCUGCCAAUCAGAAACGUGGCGCAGCGAGAGCGGCUACACAAAGACUACAUGAGAUCAUGCCGGAUGCCAAUAAAUUUGCCACCGAGCUUCGCACUAAGAAGGGACGCAAGAGCUCAAUGAUAGGUGCCGAUCAAUUCCCCGAGCAGCCUGCACCUGCCAGAUCUGCAAAGAAGCCUCGAAGACAGAUGCCGCUGCAGAACAUCAGUCUCAAUGAGCCUUCACCGGAGUCGCGCGCGUCUCCGCAAGCCGACGAUCAGACGAAGAAGCGGGCGGCGAAUCUGCAUCCUAAGAUUCUUACGACAGGUGUGCGCCUAUCCGACAGCAUAGCGAAAAAAAUGACUGCAUUGGGCGCAAAGACAACCAAGAUUGCGCAGGAUGCCACUCACAUCGUUGCGGGCGGGAUCACUCGGACCGAGAACUUUAUGGCUGGAGUCUGUCUUGGACGUAUAUUCGUGCAGGAGGCAUGGAUCGUGGACAGCCUUGCAGCCGGCUUCUGGCUGGAUGAGCAGAGCUAUCUGCUCGAUGACUCGGAAGGCGAGAAGAAAUGGGGCAUGAGACUCGAACGCUCACUCACCUCAGCGCGCAAGACAAAAGUCUUCUCUGGCAAGACUUUCCAUUGCACGGCCAAUCUAGGCCCAUCGUACGACCUGCUCAAGUCAGUUGUGCGCGCUGGUGGCGGCGAAAUUUCAAAGGCCCUGCCUGCGCUUCGUCUGAUGGGCAAGGAUGACAGCAAAAUCAUCAUCAGUAGCGAGCAAGAUGCCGCGCUCUGGCGGCCAUAUACUAAGACGCAGCCGAAGACGCCAAUUUAUGCACCCGAAAUCAUUCUGGCGAGUGCACUGACGCAGCAUCUGGAGCUUGACAGAAGCAAUCGCGUACUCGGCUCUCAUUGA